UACCUAGGGAUGAAAUGUAAUGUACACUGGCCACUGAAGCUUUUCUUUUUUAAACACUGAAGCUUAUAACGCACCAUGAAAAAUAGUGGUGCGGUCUGACCUGUGAUGCAAAAUUCCAGCUCCUUCCCACCCUGGGCCUGCAAUGAAGUCUACAGGGAGUAGGCAAUCCUGUCAGCCUGAGACCAUUGCGUCUGACAUUGAGGAACUUGAGAGUGGGAGUGAAAGCUCAGAAAAGUCAAACAGUGAGAGCAGCCAGACUGAUGGCAAAGGGAAAAGGAAACGGAAGAACCAUUCGACUGGUGUAAGCAAGCAACGACAAGCAGCAAACGCAAGAGAGAGGGACAGGACCCACAGUGUAAACACAGCAUUCACCGCUCUCAGAACGCUCAUUCCCACUGAACCAGCAGACCGCAAACUGUCGAAGAUAGAGACUCUGCGCUUGGCCUCUAGUUAUAUCUCCCAUCUGGCUAAUGUCCUUCUGUUGGGAGAGGAUUGCCUAGACGGGCAGCCCUGCCUAAAAUAUCGAGCCUUCACGCAGGACAGCAACAGCGACGUAAAUAGUGCAGCUCCCAGACCUAUAUGCACUUUCUGCCUAAGUAAUCAAAGGAAAAUGCUGAGAGAAGGGGAAAAACACCUCUCUUUCUGACGGUUAUGAGGAAAUCCCAUUGGAUGAGAUGCAUGCACAACCUCUACUGCACUGAUUGUGAAUAUCGACAAAGAGUUCACUGCACUGAUAUGUUUACAUACUAUUUAUUUCAAAAGAGAACCUUAAUGUUCUGUUUGUCCGUAAAAGGAAUGCCUAUUUGCACUUUCUGUUUACAAUGUGAGCUUUCAAAUCAGGAAUCUUUUGUGAAUGAAAUUUAACACUGUGGGCACAGCUGCACCUGGCACUGCAGUUAUUUUAGUAACAGAAAUGUUAAAACCUCAGCAUCUUGAUCCUAAAAGAAAGUUGUGUCGCUCAGACCCGUGUCACAUGAUGUAACCUGAGCAGACGCAUAAUGUGUCUCCUGUCAGUGUGAGUCUUCACAACACAUCAUCACCAGCUUCCUGGAGCCAUUGCCAGGCCAUGUCCUCCAGUUCUAAAAUAACAGGGGUAAAAUCUGCCCAAAAUGUACAUCUUGCUUACCUCAAUCACUUCUGAAAAUAAUUCUGAAUGUAUUUUUAAGGAAGAUUGUUUGCUGUAAAUUCUUGCGUUUCAGAAACCACGAGGUUAAACUUGUGAGGUUAUCAACUUUAAUUAUCAAUAAAUUGAUCACAUCGAACACUGAUAAACUCGCAAAUUUACCCCCCGUAUGUUACAUGUAUAACUGAAAUGUAAUUCCUGCAGCCUUUUUUACGUUAUAAAACUAUACUUGAAAUACUGUGCACUGUGUUUGACAAUGUUAAUUUGAGAUGCUUCAGGAAAUUACUGCUGCAGCCAUUGCCCGUGUCAUUUCACUGUAGCAAAAUAACAUGCAGGCCCCAAUUUUAUUCAACGCCAAUGCUAAAGUGGGCGCAAAGCUUGUACUCAUCUCUGCCCAGCAGGACACAAAUUAUUCUGCUGUUCAAUCUGGCUGCAAUGUAGAGUGGUGCAAAACCAAACUGCUUGUAAAUUAUCAGCCUCAUCCGCCACUUUGGUGGCAAUGAUGAAGCAAGAGGCACCGUGUAUGCCAGGGGAAAGCAACGGCUGAUGCUCUGGAAUUUGAACUAAAAUCUGUCGUGCUUUUCUUUAAAGAAAAAUAACCUGCAGCUUUGGGUCAGGCAGGAGUGUCUUUCUGAUGAGAAGUGGUGCGUGGCUUCGGGCUCCAGUUAUCCCACUGUCAAGUUGGUUGAAGGCAUAUUGUUAAAAUCAACCUUUUUGUAGCACUUUCUUACAGUAAAGUGAAUUGCUGAAGUAAGUGCCACAAAAUUCAGCUUCUCCUACAUUUAGCGAUAUUAAUUAUUUGUGCCAUUCCAUGAUUGAAAGCAAGCUAGAUGUGGUGGUACAACUGCUUCUACCCCCUUUACUAUUUGCAAAGGACACGAAUGAACAUCUACUUGCAGAUGGAAUUGAAAGGGCUUCAUUCCAACUUGGUGCAAAAGAAAAGUCUGGAUAAAGUGUGUCCAUGUUACGCACAGAUUAUGCAAGUUUUACUUUGCACAAACUAUGUAUAGAUUAAACAAGGACACUGAGUUUAUUUUUCAGAUGAUUUUAUAUUGAGUAAUUCUAGAUCCCUCAGGUAAAUGUAUUCUGGUGAAAUUUAUAAACGGGUCUGUGUGUGUAAAAAUAAAUGCUCUGCAUUCAGUCUUCCUCUAAAGAUUAGGUUAUUUUCUUAUAUUAAAGUGUACUUAUUUAAUGAUUAUGCAAAUAAACUACUUUUAUUCAGACA